AUGCGUUUGCAGAACCAAGCACGUAGCAUCAUGUCGACACCAUUGGGUGCUCUGAUAACCUCAGGUCCACAACAAAGUCAUGUGGACGUGGCAAAAGCAGUUCACUGUAGCAUCUCAGUAGUGAAAUAUUGGCUCAACCGAUGGACACAAUCCAAAGAUUUAACUGAUUCAACCCGUUCCGGUCGAUCACGUGCAACUACUGAGAAACAGGACCAACGAAUUACUUCGCUCGCUAAAGAACAGCCAUUCGUCACCGCUCAAGAUAUUACAAACCAAUUGGAGCGGCGAGGAGUGGUAGUUAGUGCGAGAACAGUAUGUCGGCGUUUGAACGAAGCAGGAGCUAGAUACAGUUGGCCAAUGUCAAAAUCAUUGCUUACAGAACACCAUCGACAAAAUCGUUUAAGAUGGACACAACAUCAUAAAGCAACUGACUGGAAUCAGAUGAUAUUUUCUGAUGAGACUGCUGUCCGCCUGAAUUCCGUGAAAGGAUUGGUUUGGAACUUUCCAGGAAAUGAAAAAGUCGUUCGUACUGUCAAGCAUCCAAUCAAGGUUAAUGUUUGGGGUUGCUUCUCAAGUAAAGGUUUCGGUCGCAUCAUUUGUUUUCCGCAAAACCUCGACGCUAAAUUUAUGUGUAGUAUCUAUAAGUACGGUCUGUUGCCAAUAGCUAAGAAACAAUUUGGUAACGAUCUGAGGUCGUGGAAGCUGCAAGAAGACAACGAUCUUAAGCACAAGUCGAAACUUGCCACCCACUGGAGAGAAGAAAAGAGAAUUGAAAAAAUAGACUGGCCAUCGAUGUCCCCUGAUAUUGCUCCAAUUGAAAAUGUGUGGCAACUCCUCAAGAUGAAGUUAAGAAAAAAAUCGUUUACAAAUUAUCAAUCUUUGGUGUCUGCAAUAAAGCACGAAUGGAAGGCUCUACCACUGGAAUUAGCGUUAAACUUGGUACAUGGUAUGGAAAAUCGAGUUCUUGAAGUUGUAGAAAGUCAUGGUGAUUUCAUAUUACACUAG